AACGCUUAUUCCAAAUCACAAUACACAGACAUCUCUCUCUCUCUCUCUCUCUCUCUCUCUCAAUUUAAACUCCAAUCCCAUUUCUGUUCAUAGAAAGAAGGAAGCACAGUCAAUUCCAAAUCGGUUUCUCUCUGAAUUUUACACUCCCUUUCCAAUCUCUAUUCAGACACUCCCAAUCCCUUGUCCCAGCUGCAGAUCAAGGCCAGUUCCACCUGAAUGCUCGUUUUGGACUCGACUUAGAUCGAGUUCUUCAUACUCUGUAGCGUGGGAGGAUAUACAUGAAGAACGGGAUGAUAGAAUGCAGUGUUUGCCAUUCCAAAUUGGUUUCCCCCACCACCAAAUCUAUAUCAAGGGCCUAUGAUCGCCACAAAAGUAGGAUAUCAUCCAAGCAACGUGCACUCAACGUCUUAUUGGUUGUUGGUGAUUGUGUUCUAGUUGGUUUCCAGCCUAUCCUUGUCUAUAUGUCCAAGGUGGAUGGGAAAUUCAUUUUUAGCCCAAUUAGCGUUAAUUUUUUGACUGAGGUUACAAAGGUCUUCUUUGCUAUUGUUAUGCUUCUUUUCCAGGCUAGGCAUCAAAAAGUUGGGGAAAAGCCUCUUCUCUCGAUAUCUACAUUUGUGCAGGCAGCUCGUAACAAUGUCCUUCUGGCAGUUCCAGCACUUCUUUAUGCGAUAAACAACUAUCUGAAGUUUAUCAUGCAGCUUUAUUUUAAUCCUGCCACUGUGAAGAUGUUAAGUAAUUUGAAGGUUUUAGUAAUAGCACUUUUGUUGAAGGUGAUUAUGAAGCGCCGAUUUUCCAUCAUUCAGUGGGAAGCUCUUGCUCUAUUGCUCAUUGGUAUAAGCGUUAAUCAGUUAAGAUCUUUACCUGAAGGAACUACAGCUUUGGGUCUUCCUGUCACAAUGGGUGCAUAUCUUUAUACAUUGAUCUUUGUCACUGUUCCAUCAUUGGCCUCUGUGUAUAAUGAGUAUGCUUUGAAGAGCCAAUACGAUACAAGCAUUUAUCUGCAGAACUUAUUCUUGUACGGUUAUGGAGCUAUAUUCAAUUUUCUUGGGAUACUUGGGACUGCUAUUGUAAAAGGUCCAAACAGCUUUGACAUCCUACAAGGUCAUUCAAAAGCCACUAUGCUAUUGAUAGCAAACAAUGCUGCCCAGGGCAUUUUAUCCUCUUUCUUCUUCAAAUAUGCAGAUACAAUUUUGAAAAAAUACUCAUCAACAGUAGCAACAAUCUUUACUGGCAUAGCAUCUGCUGUACUAUUUGGACAUACUUUAACAAUGAACUUCGUUAUUGGCAUUUCCAUAGUAUUCAUCUCAAUGCACCAGUUCUUUUCACCGCUUUCAAAAGUCAGAGAUGAACAGAAUGGUAUGCUGGAAAUGCAUGAUGUUCAUGACAGACAAAGGUCAAAGGAAACCUUUAUAAAUAUGGCAGCUGGAGCAAAUGAAGAGGCCAGUCAUCGUGUGGGACAUGAUGAGAGACAGCCGCUUCUUCCCUCCUAGAUUGAUCUACUAAAUAUUCAAAGAAUUUUUUUCGGUGAUAUUGCUGGUAGCAUUGGUCCACACCACAGUUUAAAGCCAUAAUAAAGUUAAAAAGUUAUUUCUGCCUUUCUGGGAUAGCUUUCCGCUGAAGGGAUUUUGCCUACUCUGGUUCAUAAAGAAAGGCAUGAAUUCAUCACUUCAGGAGCUGGUUAGCAAGCCAGGGCUUUCAGCUGCUGAAGAUUUUGACAGCGCGUAGAGAAUGGCUUCGUAAGAGUUUUUCGCAUAUCGACGUGGAUUUACUUGUACUACAUUUAUUCUUGGAUAUUCUAUUUCUCCCUUUUUUUUUCCUGGUAUAUUUACCUCAUCCCGGUCUAUAUAACUGUGUGUUAUUACUUACAGUUAUUACAUGAUUUUGGCAUUUCAUCGUUAUGAGAUUAUGGGUGAAUAAUGAAAAUGUGGUUCCCUCCUUGUAGAAAAUGAUAUUUACAUAUGCUGUUUUACGUCUACUAUCUGAUAUACUUCCGGUUUCGGGCCUCUCAAUCCAUUUAUUUCAUAUAUUUAUAUAGAAAAAGUAUUUUGAAAACAAA